UCAAUUUUUAGUUUUCGAAAGUCGUGAGCAUUUUAUUGAUAACAUAUAAAUUGUUGUCAUCGUUAUCAUUCAUCGUUUAUUGAGUGUAUUUCUUUAUUUCAUUUUUCUGUUUGCGCUAAAAUUUUUAAAUAAUUGUAGAAAAAUACAAAAAUUAAGAAAUGAUUUAUUUCUGCAUAUUACUUUACGCAUUUUUUGCACCUCUGUCAAACACUUUAGAGGAACAAUUUGACUUUAUAUCCCCUUAUUUUAAAAUUGAGAAUGAACAGUGCAAAAAGGCAGGAAAUUUGACAUUUUUUUCACUUACUGAUAAGGAAUGUAUUUUCAUCUGCAAACUUGAAAAUAAGAUAUUAAGUGACGACGAUGAUUAUGAUUACUAUCAUGACAUUCAAGUAGUGGCUGAAGAUGGAUAUCAGUGCAAGAAUAAUGGAUACUGUCAAGAUGGAGAAUGUGUCAAUCAGACAAUUUUUCAUGGCAUAACCAAAUUUGAUAAUUUGACGACCACUACAGCUGUGGUGUAAAUAUGUCAUUAAACUUUUAAGUAAAUUAAUAAAUGUAAUUUAAAAAAACUGAAAGAAAAGUGUCUGAUUUUUUGCUAACACAGCUUUUUACAGAUUAAAAAAAUUAAACGAUUAAAAAACCAUAAAAAUAAAAACUAAUAAGAAAGUUUAUUAAUUCUCUAAUAAGUAAAAAGUUAAAAUUAAUUUACUACUCUUUGAGCACUGUAACGUGGGAUGUCUUUAGAAUGUCACCAAAUAAACAUUAAAUAAAACAUUGAAAUUAUAAAAACUUAUUUAUCUAAUAUACCAAAUGAGUUUAGAUUGCUUUUUAUAUGAUUACCAGAAAAAAAUAGAACAAAACCUUGAAAUUAUAGACAAUUAUUUAUUUAAUAUACAUAGUGAGUUUGAUUUCUUUAUUUUAAGUGUUCUUGAAAAUAUUCAAUAUUAAAAUUUCUAUUCUAUUAAAAUAAGGUGUUGCAGACUCAAGUGGUAAAUAAUUUUAUUUAAAUAUAUUCAUACGUAAAAAUAAUAUUAAUAAAAGUAGUCUACUUAAGAUGAGGUCAAAAGAGUUGCUGUGUUCAUUUAAAAUGAUGCAAUAUCAAUCGAAUUUAUUACAAAUCAUUUAAUGAUUCGUGUUAUUUAACUACAAGUAAGAAUUAGCAUUAGAUUAGACAAAUGAUAAACAUAAGGAGUUCAUAUAUAUAUAUAUAUAUAUAUAUAUAUAUAUAUAUAUAUAUAUUGCAGCCUUAAUAUACUAGCGUUCAAAUUUGAGAAAUUUAGGGACAAGUCUUCUUUCAGCUGAAGGGUAGGUUUUACAAAAUUAAAUUUCUUUUUACUUCGUUAUAAAAUAAAUUAUUUAGUAAGUGCUACUUCCACAAUAAGCAAAAUCCUUAAUUUAUUUUCUAAUUUUCUCAAUGAAUUCCUAAACAAUUACAGCAACUAAAAAUGAAAUACAUCUGUAUAUUGCUGUGCACUCUCUUUGUGCAACUUUCAUAUUCAAUAGAGAUCCAUCAACACUGGAUUCAUAAUGAUAUUCAGGAACAGCUCAAAACAUCUGAUUAUAAAUUGAUUUCGGUUGAACAUUUAAUUAAAAAAAGAAGUAUUAAUGAAUUGUCAAUCAAGGUAAAACUUAAUGGCAAAGACAAAGAAUUUGUUUUGCAAUCCGCAAAAGGCUAUUUUGCUGGUAAAGAUACAAGAGUUUGGGAAGCUGAAAAAAUUGGAGAUAACUUUAAGUACACACUAAAAGAAGGGAUUAUGGAAAAAGUAAAUAUAACAUUCUACCAGGAUGAAAAAACAAAGUCUGUAGUAUCACAUACAGUGAAUAAAAGAGGAAUUUCUGAAUUUAAUGGUAUUAUUAAUUCUAACGUAAUAAUACACCCAAUUAGUAAUCUUAUACGUAGACGCCGUGACGCUAAACCAUAUUCCGAGUAUAAGAACGACAUUGACAACUAUCACGUAAUUUUUAACCGAGACUUUGACUCUUUCUUUGAUAAUUAUAUUAAUAAACAAAAGUUCAAUGACUUUGCUCAUAUCUUUAAUAAUUAUUAUGAUAAUAAGAAAGAGUCCAAUAAGAUACCAGAAAACUUACAUUCAGAAGCACCGGACAUAGUGUAUCCAGAAAUUUUAGUAUUUGUAGAUACGACACUUUAUGAACGUUUCCAAAUGGACAUUGAAAAAACUGUUGCUUAUAUUUUAACUCUUUUUAAUGGAGCUGAUCUAAAUUAUAGAGACAUGAAAAAACCUUUAGUUCGUUUGAACAUUGCUGGAAUUGUUCUGUGUCGGUCAUGAGCAUCUGAAGAUUUAUAAUAUUCUGUGGACAUCAUACAGAUUUCCAAAUAGUAAUAAAAGUUUGAAUAAUCGUAGGACAUCCGUUGAAUAUAUUUAAAUAUCCAUUGUUGAAAGAGAAAGAUUAUUUUAUUACACUCUUCUAAAUUACGCAUUUUUCACAUUUUAAGAAUCAAACUGUACCAAACGAACCGUUUAAUAUUAA